ACCCAUGACACGCCUGCCUUCUUCACGCCUUCUUCUUCGGUUCUGCUGGGGGAUGAUGGGACUUAGGGUUUCGAUUGGGGCUGAGGAGGUUUUGGCUUUGUUUUGGAGCUCGCAGAGCUGAGAUUUGAGCGGGAAAAUAUAAAGUUAGAUUUCACCAAGCAAUUUCAAGUUUCGGGCAAAACGAACAAAUUUGAUUCAGAGGUUAAAAAAUGAAGAAACAAGACAACCCAAUUGCCAGUACAAGCAGAACCCAGUUUGAGGACAUUGAUGAUGAACACGAAUCUUCCUCUUCUGAAAUUGAGGAGGAGGAGGAGGAGAUAGAGCGCGAGCUCGCGGAUGUGACAUUCGAAGAAUUGCUAAAAGCGCGUUCAGACGGGUCGCAUUCAGUGUAUAAAAAGCCGAAUCAAGAAAAGAAAUCUGGGCGGUUGAACAAGAAUAGGCCAAUGGAGGUGAGUAGCAAGAAGCCAGUGGGUAGGCUCAGAGAGGUGAUUCAAGCUCCUAAGAGGGUCGUACGUGACCCCCGUUUUGAAUCUUUAUGUGGUACAUUUGAUGCGAAGCAGUUUAGGAGCAAAUAUAAUUUUCUAUUUCAGAAAUAUGAUCCUGCGAUAAUUGCGGAAGAACAGAAGAAAUUAGACAAAUCCAAGGAUCCAGAUGCCGUCAAUAGAUUUAAAAGCAGCAUAUCUUGGAUGAGAGGUAAUCUUCCUGCUGAAAAAGAGAAACUACGGAAGCAAUUACGGAAAUCGAAUGAUCCUGAAGUCAUUGGUGAUUUAAAGAACCGCUUAUCUUGGAUUGACAAGCAGUUAAAAUCUGAGUCAAGUCAGCAUACUGAGGCAGCAAUUCUGGCUGAGCACAAGAAGAAAGAGAGAGAAGCAACCAAGAAAGGGAAACAGCCAUUUUAUCUCUCUAAAAGUGCCGUCCGGAAGCAAAGGCUUAUUGAGAAAUAUGAAGAUCUCAAGAAAUCUGGCAAGCUUGAUGCCUUUAUUGAGAAAAGAAGAAGGAAGAAUGCUGCUAAGGACCACAGAUUCAUGCCAUAUCGCAGGUCCAACGACAGUGAGCAGUAAAAUUAACGGCUUCACAGGUUCUGGUUGCUUCAGAGGUGUAUAUAUUUCCUUCCAGCUUUGUUAUGGUGGUAAACAUAUACACUUUGUGGGGGCAAUUGGGGUGGCCGUUUUUGGGUUUUUUUUGGUCAUCGCAUGCUCCUUUCGGGGGUAGUACUACUAUUUAUGAUGUCAGAGAACAAGAAUGAGAAAAGGAGAAAAGAACCAUCUUUUUGUCACUGCA